UGGCCCCAACCGUCGUCCCAUUUGGUCCGGCCUUCGCCACUCAAUGGCCAGUCCAAGUCUGUCGUACUAACUCGUAGGUGUCUUUUCACACCGAAGGUUCUGAGGCCGUUCCCUCCACUAUCCUGGGUGUUACCGUUGUUACGAACGACAAGGUAGGCCCACAGCCAAGAUCUCGGUGUGCAUGUGUGUGUGCAUGUGUGCCAUUCUUCUUGCCCCGUUGAGGCCUGCCUUUUUCAAUGAGAGGUUGUUCUCUUCUCGAGGCUGCAUCAUCUUGGGCCAGAACGGACCCGAGAAGUCAUUCAACGUGUGUACGUACACACACGUAACGAACGAAGAACGAAGGAAGGCGUUGUAGAGUAACUACUAGUACAUAGACGGUGUUGGUGGUAGAUUCAUUCAGAAGGGGGGAGGGAAGUACGAGUAAUUCAAGCACAAAUAAUAUCGGAUUGGGCAGUUAUUGGUGAAUGGGCCAGGGCGCGAGUGCUCAGGAGGACAAAUAAGCUCUCGAGGAUCCCUCUUGUUCCUCCUCCUCAAGAAGGACAGUCAUAAUCAGAACAUACAACCCAAGUGAUCUCAGUUGUCAGUAUUCCUUUCAAUUAUUCCACAGUUACUUUAGAAAGUGGUGUCUAAUAGAAACACAUCUCAUUGAACCUUCAGGUUGCGACAGGGUUGUGAUUGCACGAGCCAAUCACCAUGGCCCGAGGGUAUUCCGAGGUCAACGAUGGCCACGAAGUGUACGUGAAAGUAUCAGAACUCACAGUGGAUGACGAUCCCCCGCGAAGAAGCUCAUCGUCUUUACUCGAGCUCAAACCACCCAAACCAGGUGGACGCAGAGGAUCCUUCAAUCCGGCUGAAAAGAAGGCUGGAGGCGGUGGCGGAGGAGGCGGUGGAGGAGGCGGAGCCGCCGAAGAAGGAGAUUGGGUAAGUGUCCUGUGCAACGAGGUGGUACGUUAACGGCCCUUAAAAAUAUGCGGAAUUUUCAUGAGAGCUUUGAUACGUGAAGUGACUACUGUGAGUACAGACACAAAAGGGCAAACGCAGAGGUAAGUCCGAUUCAUGACCACUUGAGCCAAUCUUUGGUCAAUGAUGCCCGCCAACUCGACCCCAUAGGGUGUCUCAAUGGACAGGUCCAAAAUCCCAAGCCCCACUGAAUUUGGAAGAUGGCAACAAAUACGUCACCCUGUCGGAGCAAGUGCGGUCAUUCCGGAGAUUUUCCUCUUGCCCAACUAAAGGACGAUGGAUCUUUUGCUCUUCUCCUCUAGCUCUCCGAGUACGAAAGAGCACUUGAGAGAACAAUGUACGAGAAUGUACUUUUUGGCUCGGUUGUUCAAAAGUUUGUCAAAAUUUGACAGCUCACUGCUCCUCAAUGAUGGACUGGGACAAGCAGGCUAUCUUCAUCCACACCACGUACAUUCUAUGUACCGUACAUACAGUGAGAGCGUAGAUUCGUCAUCGAGUAAUCUUUAGAACUUUUCCCUUUUGGCCCUCUUUCUCCCGUUCCUUUGGCUCUUUUUGGCUUGACUUUCAUUGGCCAGACGUUCUAAAGCCAUUAAACGGAUUUAUGGGGUGUACCCAGUUAGGAGGAAUCUCAACUCUUGACCACGUUCAAAUAGGGAAUGAGUUAAUGAGUCGUGUGCCACUAUCAUGAACUAUCC